AUGCGGCGCACUCCCACCCGACCGUUGCCGCCGCCGGCGCUGGCGCUGCUGCUGCUGGCGGGCGUCGCCGAGGGGCGGCUGCGUAACGCAAAGGUGCCGAGCCGCGAGCCCGCGCAGGCAGCGGCGGCGGAGGCGAAGCCGGCGACGCCCAAGUACAGCCGCCAAUGCGCCCCGCCCGCGCACCUGCCGUGCGAGCGGCCGGUGGCGCGGAGCCCGGUCAAGUGGAGCGGCUACAUGGAGCGGUCGCUACUGGGCGAGUCGCACCCGCCGCACAUGGAGUCGGGCUACGUCAACGUCACCGCCGAGGACUACCUCUUCUACCUCUUUUUUGGGCCGCACGAGGCGGCGCCGCGCGAUGCGCCGCUGGUCGUCUGGUCCAACGGCGGGCCGGGAUGCUCGUCGAUGGAGGCGGCGACCACCGAAAUGAGUCCGCUCUCCCUCUUUGGUGCAAAGACCAGCGGCAGGCAGGGCUUCUCUCACAUCCCCACCACGAGCGCGUGGGCGUGGACGCGGCACGCGGCGCUGCUCUUCGUCGACCAGCCGCGCUACGUCGGCUUCUCCACCGGCACCGGCCCCUACGUCACGUCGAGCCGCGAGGCGGGCAAGGACAUGGUGACCUUCCUGCGCGCGUGGCGGCGCCUCUUCCCCGACCAGGCGCACCGCAGCCUCAUCUUUGCCAGCGAGAGCUACGGCGGCCACUAUGUGCCCGCGUGGGUCGCGGCGACGCUCGACGCCAACGCCGCCGCGUCGAGGCCGGAGGACGCGCUGCCGCUGACCGCCAUCUUUCUCGGCAACGCAGUCGUGGACGACGCGGUGCAGUCGGCGCCGCAGGCGUGGAGCGACUACUGCCUGGUCGAGAAGAUUGUGAACCAGGACGAUCGGCCCGACGACGAGGACUCCACCUACGAGGACAUCGAGUGGUACCUCGGCUACCAGCCAAACAUGUACGACUACCGCCUCGAGUCGCAGGACGGCUGCGGCGCCUUCGGCUACGACUACCGCAGCUGGGCAAAAACACUCAACUCGCACCGCUACCGCGCCGCCUUCAACGUCUGCGGCGACGCCGAGGUGCACCGCUCGUUUGAGGGCUGCAACGGCGGCUGCCACCCGUGCAUCGGCGACGAGGUUCCCUUUGACGACGACGACGACUUUGACUACCCGGCGGCGCUCUCGCGCGCCCUCAACGAGGGGAUCCGGCUCACCUUUGUCUGGGGCAAGCGCGACCUCGCUGUGCCGUACAUCGGAGGCCAGCGGAUGAUCAACGAGACCCUAAAGUGGGAGGGCGCGGCCGCCUGGCGCAAGGCGCCCCUCGAGCCAAUCUACUUUGACGGCACGAUAGAGAUUGGGCAGAUGCGCCGGCACGGCAACCUGACCUACAUGCAGGUGGAGGACGCAGGGCACAUGGUGCCCACCGACCAGCCUGCCGUCGGUGUUCUCGCUCUCAAGACGCUCACGAACCCGAGUGCCCGUGUGCUUGCGCCCCUCGAGCCGCUCAACGUGACCACACGCGCCUUUGGCGCCGCGGACCACGACGGCAGCGGCAGCCUGAGCCGCACCGAGUUUGUCGAGGCGCUGCGCGAUGUGCUCUCCCACCAGCAGGUGCUCUCCCAGCAACAGGGAGGCGACACGCCCGCCCCCACCACCUCACCAAUGGCCGCCAACGUUGCGCCGGCGACGGGGGUCGCGCUGCUGCCCUCCUUCUGUGCGCUGCUGCUCGGCCUCGUCGCCGGCGCUGGGUGGGCCCCAGCCUCCAACGCGCUGCGCAAGCGCUGGGGCGGGCGUCGGUGCUCGCUGCCAAGCGCGCUCGACCAGCCCCUCAUGCCCAGCUCGUGA